UUCUCUAUGCACAUGAGACUAAGAGAGAAUAAUUAAUUAAUUAAUUAAUUAAUUAAUUCUUUGAUCUUAUGCUAAAAAUAUUUAAUUCAAUAAAAAUAAAACUCUUUCUUUCCAGCUAGUUCUCCACAUUCCCAAAUCAAGAGCCAUUUUAAUUAUAGGCCUUUAAAUACCAUUGCUUUGCUCAAAUCUUUCCCAUUCUCAAAACCCAAAUCUUAGUUUCAUCUAUAAAUCCUUAUAUACUUCUCUUCCAUUAUUUUCUCAUAGUGCAAAAUCAAUAAUGGCUCAUAAGAACAUUAUUAUUAUGUCUAUUAAAUUCCUUUUGGUGUUAUCUUUAAACUUAGGUAAAAGUUUUGGAGUAGAGACUUUGCAGACAUGGUGUAUUGCAAAGCCUUCAACGCCAGAAUUAACACUUAAAAAUAACCAAUUUUACGCUUGUGAUCAUCUCGACGAACACGAUUGCGACGCCAUCGAGCAAGAUCAUCCUUGCUUCAACACAAAUUCACUCAUGCUUCAUGCUUCAUUUGCUAUGAAUCUUUAUUACCAAAGAAAAGGAAGGCACCCUUGGAAUUGUGACUUUGACAAAACUGGUCUUGUCUCUCUAAACAAUCCAAGCAUUGGCAGCUGCAUUUUAACUGGUGGAGAAAUAUCAGUGGACUUAUCAUCAGUGGGAAAGUGGUGUGUGGCUAAUCCAGUGAGCAAUAAUCAGAUGUUACAAACCAACAUUGACUAUGCAUGCAGCCAUGUUGAUUGCAGCCUAAUUAAAAGUGGUGGUGCUUGUUAUGAUCCAACUAACCUAAUUAGCCAUGCCUCGGCUGCUAUGAACCUUUUCUAUCAAGCCAAUGGCAAGCAUGAUUCGGGUUGCGAUUUUAUGGGUACCGGUGUAAUUGUCAUGACCGACCCGAGUUAUGGUAGUUGCAAAUUUGAGUAUCGAAAUUGAGUUACAAAUAAUCCAAGAGGAAUGGUUCUUGGAGAAGUACUUAAUGUAUUAAACAAAUGAUAAUGAUUUGAUAAUGAUCUUAUUUUUAUUGGGUUUUGCAGCCUAUCUUAUAAGUGAUUAGUGUGGUUAAAUUGUAAUAAGUUUGCUUGAAGAGUAUUUUCUUUCUUAUGUAUUUUUGUGAGUUUUUUAAUUUAAGACAUAAAAAUUUGUGAAUAAAGAAUGUUUGAUUUCUCAAAUUUAUACUUUUA